CAAUUAAGCCCAACAGGUUAAGCCAGUGCAAGGGUACAAAGACUUUUGGGUUUGGAGUAUAAUCUAAGCUGGCUCUGUGCUUAGCCGGGAAAAUAUGGAGUGCGCCGGGACCGGAACGAACCGGCGGUGCGUGGCAGCACCCACCAGGCGAUGUGCUCGUUGCGGUGCCGUUGCUUAUUGCUCCGUUUCUCACCAGAUUGCCCAUUGGAGUGUUCAUAAAGAAGAAUGUGAGAGGUUAGAGGAGCAAAUGAAGCAUGCUGAUGAACUUAAUGACUUCCCUUUCACAUUUGCUCGAGAAGCUACUGUCGAGGUAUUGGAGAAAAAGGAAACUCGAUGUUCGUUUCUAGAGAAGCGAGGAAUACAUUGUGUGAAUAUGUGGAUGUGUGAAUGUCGUUGUGGGAUAUCGCUAAAAAAUUCAAGGUUGAUGGAGGGUUGGUGUCUUGCCAGUGUACUGUGCCCAUGUCGAGAACCCUCGUCUUUAUUACAGAAUCAAUUAGAUACUUGGGAGGACUACUAUGAAUGGAGGUGCAUCCCACUACAGUCUCCAGUAGCUAUCCUUCUUCACUUGCCUCUUACCUUAUAUUGGGCAGCUCAACUAACUCUUGCAAGAAGCUUGACUAGCAAGGCUAUUGAUGAACUGAAUAUACACUACCUUGGACCUGAUAAGGAGCUCUCUCAAGUUUCUGUAUUCAGUGAAUUGCGUGCUCUUUUUCCUCGUGUACGAAUUCGCUUGGAGCUUGUUGGGCCUGCAGUUCCGCAAUAUAGGGAUGGCGAGAGAAUUGAUCUUCACCAGUAUGCUCAAUGCAAUGAGACAGAUUGCAUUUGCAAAUCUUCUCACAGGGAAUCUAGUUCUGCUGCAUCGACUCUGGGAGUUGCAGUAAGGCUUCAUUCAGGAUACUAUCAUGACCGUUACAGAGAUCUUGCUAAGGAAUCUCUGCCUCAUUUAAUCAUUGCUCCAAAUGCCGGUAUUGCUGCCUACACAAGCUGGUCACCUACCAUUGAAUUAUUGAAGGAUUUAGAUGUCCCAGCAGUUUUUACUGAUUACUGUGAAGAAGCUUCAAAUCUUGCGGCUUCUUGCAUAAGCACUAUAACAGGCCGUCCCCUAGCGGUUCCAAUUCAGUUAAAUCCAUUCAGGCAACCUCUGAUCGUUGAAAACAGUGCUCUAUUACUUCCUUGCUACUCAAAUUGCUUUCUUUUUGGGAUAUGAGAGUGGCAAAGAGCGAUAUUGAUGUAACAAAGGACUCUAUAGAUUGGGAAGGAGAUGAUUGUAAAUGAGUGACUGGAUACAUGGAACUAUAUUAAUGAAGUGAUACAGAAGGGUUGCACAAGGAGGUCUAAAUUAUCCAAUUUGAUGUAAACAUUAUAGUGAUUCAAUCCGCAUUACAUAUAAAAAACUCUGAAUUUGUUUCGUAUGUGAAUAUCAGUGUUUGCUA